CAACCUCAUCACCAUUCUCAUCAAUUAACUCAUCUCUCGUUACAUGAAUCAUACUCUCUGUGGUAGCCCAACAAUGGAUGCCUAAGCGUGACUAAGGGGUUGAUUUGCCAUUGACGGGAUGACGCGUGGCGAGCGGAUUAAGUGAGGAUAGAUGGCUGUUAUGCAGUAAUGUGUAAUUAGAAUGUGAAACGCCGUAAGUGUGGGAAGUUUACUGCGAUGGUAAAAGGGGAAAUGCAAUGCCAAUAGGAUCCACAAAAAACUGAAAAAGCCAUUAAUGGAGCAACAACAAAGAAUACUGUGACUGUGGAAGAAAAUGGUCGCCGACAACAUCACCGUUGCGGGCACCAUCACGGAGGAGAUGAUCCUGGAAAACGCGAUGGAGGACGGAGAAGGACUGGACGGAGCAGCGACGGAGAUGUUGAUCGAAGGCACCGAGGGGCGGCGAUGACACCUGAAUCGUCUUCUCUGACCUUCGAAGAACACAUAGGGCGUCUAGAGUAGGAUCCUGUUGGGUUGGAGUGUUAUCCGGUUCGGGUCGGGUCAUUUUUUACCUGGACCCUGUCAAUAGAAAAAGGAAAAAGAUUUAAAAAUUACACCGGCGCUCAUUUGUUAUCCUUAUAUUCACCACAUACAUCAUCCAAUUAAAAUCGUCCAUUAUCAAGUGCAUGCCAUACAUAUCAAAAGCACCACCAUGUCUAUUUUUUCAUCAGCUUCGGUUCCAGCGAUGACUUCCACUCAACAUGCCCCUUCUAACUCAAAGCGACACACUGCAAAUUUUCCUCCUAGCAUUUGGCACGAUACUUUCCUCAAAUAUGCUGAUUCUGAAUCCGUCGAUGCAGCGAAUGAAAACAUGACGCAACAAAUUGAAAUAUGUAAAGAGGAAGUGAAGAAGAUUUUUCUAUCUUCAACCAAUAUCUCACAAAAAUUAAAUAUUAUCGACUCAAUGCAACGAUUGAGUAUAUCUUAUCAUUUUGAACGUGAGAUUAAUGAAGCAUUAGAACAAAUUCAAAAUAUUUUCAUCAACAAUACACUCAACAUAGAAGAAGGUGACUUACACUUUGGAUUACUCUUUCGUUUGCUUAGACAAAAACUUAAGACGACUAAUAUAGAUAUAUUCAACAAAUUCAAGAACAAUAAAGGAAAGUUCAAUGAGACCAUUACCGAAGAUGUUCAGGGAUUAUGGAACUUAUAUGAAGCAGCACAAUUAAGUGUUCAUGGAGAAGAUUUAUUAGAUGAAGCACGUGAUUUUACAUACACUAACCUCAAGUCCAUGAUCACCAAUAAUAAGUUGAGCACAUAUCUUGCUAAGCAAAUUGAUCAGAGUUUAAUGCUACCUUUUCACAAGGGAGUUGCAAGAAUAGAGGCAAGAUGUUAUAUGUCUUUCUAUGAAGAGGAUCCUUCUCACAACAAAGUUCUUUUAACUUUUGCAAAAUUAGAUUUUAAUGUUUUACAGAAAAUGCAUCAAAAAGAACUUGGAAAUAUUACCAGGUGGUGGAAAAAAUCAGAUUUUGCAACUAAAGUUCCUUAUGCUAGAGAAAGGGUGGUUGAGGCAUACCUUUGGCCAUUUUCUAUGUCUUCAGAGCCUAAACAUAGCACUCAUAGAAGGAUUGUGGGCAAAAUGACUGCAUGUAUGUGUCUUCUUGAUGAUACUUAUGAUGCUUAUGGCACAGUGGAAGAACUUGAGCUCUUCACAGAGGCAAUCAAAAGAUGGAAUAUUAAUCCGAUCAAAUCUCUUCCAACAUGUUUCAAAGUGGUCUUUAACGCAAUUUCAGAAGUUGUGGAUGAAAUUGAAUCAGCACUAGUAGAUGCGAAAAAAUCAACCCUAGUAUUGAAAAAUGUUAAACAAGCGUUUCUAAAUUUGGCAGAAGCAUACUUGUUGGAAGCAAAAUGGUGCAAUGAGGAUUAUGUUCCAACAUAUGAUGAAUACAAGGUUAAUGGAGCUAUAUCUUCUGCAUUGCCACUUCACAUAGUAGCAUUUGUUGGUCUUGGUGAAUUUGCAACCAAAGAAGUCUUUGAUUGGAUUUUUAGCGAUCCAACAACAAUCAUAAAAGCUGUAUCACUUGUUGGCAGACUCAAGGAUGAUCUGGCUUCACAUAAGUUUGAGCGGGAAAGAGAUCAUGUUGCUUCAGCAGUUGAAUGCUGCAUGAAACAAUAUGGAAUUUCACAAGAAGAGACAAACAAACUCAUUCAAAAGGAAAUCAAAGAUUUUUGGAAGGAUAUAAAUGAAGUGUGCCUCAAUCCAAAUAAUGAUAUUCCAAAGGCAGUGCUUGAAUGUAUUGUUAAUUUGGGACGUAUAUCUGAGUUUACAUAUGCAAAUUUUCAAGACAGAUUCACAAACGGAGAGUUUAUGAAAGAACGUGUUUCUGAGCUACUUUUAGAUCCCAUCACUAUCUACUAGAGUUUUAUAAAUUAUACACAAAAUGCUGCUGAAGAUGUAUUUGAAAUAGGGGUGAGGGCGUGAGGCUAUAUAUAUAGUAGUCGUCCUAAAU